AUGCCUGCUCCUCACGGUGGUGUUUUACAAGACUUGGUCGCUAGAGAUGCGUCAAAGAAGAAAGAACUGUUAGCCGAAGCCCAAUCUUCAGACAUCUUAGUGUGGAACUUAACCCCAAGACAACUCUGUGAUAUUGAAUUGAUUUUGAAUGGUGGGUUUUCUCCACUAACUGGCUUCUUGAACGAAAAUGAUUACUCCACAGUCGUUACAGACUCGAGAUUAGCAGACGGCACACUAUGGACUAUUCCUAUUACACUGGACGUCGAUGAAUCAUUCGCAAACCAAAUAAAACCUGACACAAGAAUUGCCCUAUACCAAGAUGAUGAAAUUCCUAUUGCUAUCAUCUCAGUCCAGGACGUUUAUAAGCCAAACAAGUCUAUCGAAGCUGAAAAGGUCUUCAGAGGUGAUCCUGAACAUCCUGCUAUCAACUACUUGUUUAACGAAGCUGGUGAAUAUUACGUUGGUGGUUCAUUAGAGGCCAUUCAAUUACCUCAACAUUAUGACUACCCAGGCUUACGUAAAACCCCAGCUCAAUUAAGAUUGGAAUUCCAAUCAAGACAAUGGGACCGUGUCGUCGCCUUCCAAACUCGUAACCCAAUGCACAGAGCCCACAGAGAGCUAACCGUUAGAGCCGCUAGAGAAGCUAAUGCUAAGGUCUUGAUUCAUCCAGUUGUCGGGUUGACUAAACCGGGUGAUAUCGAUCACCACACCCGUGUUCGCGUCUACCAAGAAAUCAUCAAACGUUAUCCUAACGGUAUAGCCUUCUUGUCCUUGUUGCCAUUAGCAAUGAGAAUGAGUGGUGACAGAGAAGCUGUAUGGCAUGCGAUUAUCAGAAAAAAUUAUGGUGCUUCCCACUUCAUCGUUGGUAGAGAUCAUGCAGGCCCAGGUUCGAACUCCAAGGGUGUCGAUUUCUAUGGCCCAUAUGAUGCGCAAGAGUUGGUUGAAUCCUACAAGCAUGAAUUGGAUAUCGAAGUGGUUCCAUUUAGAAUGGUAACCUACUUACCAGAUGAAGAUCGUUAUGCUCCAAUUGACCAAAUUGACACUACAAAGACAAAAACUUUGAACAUCUCAGGUACAGAAUUAAGACGCCGCUUAAGAGUUGGUGGUGAAAUCCCUGAAUGGUUUUCAUAUCCUGAAGUGGUUAAAAUCUUGAGAGAGUCAAAUCCACCAAGACCCAAGCAGGGGUUCGCCAUUGUCCUAGGGGAGUCCCUAACCGUUUCACGUGAACAAUUAUCGAUCGCCUUAUUAUCAAMAUUCUUACAAUUCGGUGGUGGCAGAUACUAUAAGAUCUUCGAGCAUGACAACAAAACUGAAUUACUGUCUUUGGUUCCAGAUUUUAUUGGUUCUGGUUCUGGUUUAAUUAUUCCAAACCAAUGGGAAAGUGAAAAGGACUCUAUUGCUGGCAAACAAAACAUUUACCUAUUAGACUCAUCUAGCUCAGCUGAUAUCAAGCUAGAAUCAAGUAACGAAUUAAUUUCACAUAUUGUUCAAAAAGUCGUUUUAUUCUUGGAGGACAAUGGUUUUUUUGUAUUUUAA